AAACUAACGCCUAGAAGGGAAAAAAAAACCAAAGCAGAGGAGGCGGAGAGAGAGAGAGAGAGCAGACAGAAAUAGUCAUAAGGCAGUGAGACACAGAGAGACCACAUUAUAAGUUGCCGAGCAGCAGAGCACGAGCCUGCCUUUCACCAACAACAAUGGCUAUUGCCUUCUGCUUCACUCCCUCUUUUUCUCCCUCCUGUUCGUCCAAUCUCAAUCUCAAUCUCAAUCUCAACCGUCCGCUUAUCUCAUCAUCAUCUCUCCUCCAUGUCCGCUUCAACGUAACUCCUCCAAUCUCAACCGCCUCCCUUAACCUCCCUAACCGUCGAAACCACCACCAUAUACUUUUUGCUUCCUCUAACGGUGGAGACGACGGAGGCAUGAACGGCCGUGAUUCAUCCGGAGGAGGCGGUAGUGGUGGCGGCGGCGGCGAUAAUCACGGAGACGGGCAUGGUGAAGACAAUGCGGGCGAUAAGAACAGAUUGGAGGCUCUUUUGGUUCUGAAGGAAGCGGGUAGGUCGUUGGAGAGUUUGCCCAAGGACUUGGCGGCGGCGAUCCAGGCUGGGAGAAUCCCUGGUUUGGUGGUGACCAGGUUUUUGGAGCUGGAAAAGUCGGGGGUACUCCGAUGGCUGCUUCAGUUUGGGGGAUUCAAGGAGAGGCUUUUGGCCGACGAUUUGUUCUUGGCCAAGGUCGCAAUGGAGUGUGGCGUCGGCAUCUUCACCAAGACUGCCGCGGAGUAUGAACGCCGCAGAGAAAAUUUCUUCAACGAGAUUGAAAUUGUUUUUGCGGAUGUGGUAAUGGCCAUAAUUGCAGAUUUCAUGCUUGUUUAUCUUCCGGCUCCCACUGUUCCUCUCCGACCACCAAUUGCAGUUAACGCAGGGCAACUUGCUAAGUUCUUCCAUAACUGCCCUGAUAAUGCAUUCCAGAUUGCUCUCUCUGGAACAUCAUAUUCACUACUACAGAGGAUUGGUGCGAUAGUGCGUAAUGGGACCAAGCUUUUUGCAGUUGGAACUGCUUCAUCACUGGUUGGCACAGCUAUGACAAAUGCCUUGAUCAAUGCAAGGAAAGCUGUUGAUAAGUCUGCUGCUGAGGAAGUUGAGAAUGUGCCUAUAGUAUCUACCAGUGUUGCCUAUGGUGUCUAUAUGGCUGUUUCUAGCAACCUCAGGUACCAAGUCUUGGCUGGAAUUAUCGAACAACGGAUAUUGGAACCCUUACUACACCAACACAAGCUCAUGCUAAGUGCAGUAUGCUUUGCUGUUAGGACAGGCAACACAUUCUUGGGUUCAUUAUUGUGGGUGGACUAUGCACGUUGGAUAGGAAUCCAGUAGAAGAAUGGAUGCAUUUCCUAAUUUGAUUCUUUUUAUCUUAUGAAAGGGAAGUUGGUCUGCCCCACUAUAAGAUGUUGCAUAAGUAGGUAGACUGAAGUAUUGGGAAUUGAAGGAAGGUUUGGGGGCUGCUAGGACAUAGAGUUUUUCUUUUCUCCGACUAUUUAUACUGCUCAUUACUCAGCUCAGCUGUCUUUUUUUUUUUUUUUUUUUUUUUUUUUUUUGGUUUAUGUUUUUGAUUCGCAUUUUUCUUUUCCAUUACACUUUCUGGAUGUUGUAAGGAUUGUGUUACAGAAAUUUCAAACAGUUGAAACAUUUUUUGUAAUUUGGAAUGAUGCUUUGUAGUUGAAUGGAAGAAACUUUACCA